GGCAUCGCUGCCGGACUUCGAUUGACGUUUGGUUUGAAAUCAUAACAAAAAUUUCUUCUCAAUUAUUAUGGCUUUAGUGUGUAGAACGUAAAAAAGUAAUAUCAAAUUUCCUCAGGGUACAAUUAGAUUCGAGGGCAAAUAAAAUCACUACUUUCAAGACAUUUCCACGAUGUAUACACUCCUCAGCGGCUUUUAUAAAUAUCUCACACAAAAGGAUGAGUAUUGUAUACUGAUAUUGGGACUGGAUAACGCUGGCAAAACGACCUAUUUGGAGGCAGCGAAGACCAAGUUUACGAAAAAUUAUCGAGGAAUGAAUCCGAGCAAGAUAACCACCACGGUUGGGCUCAACAUAGGGCAAAUAGAUAUGCACGGCAUUCGGAUGAGUUUCUGGGAUUUGGGCGGACAGCAGGAGCUACAAUCCCUCUGGGAUAAAUACUACUCUGAAUCGCAUGCCGUGAUUUAUGUAGUAGACUCAAACGAUCGAGAUCGAAUGCACGAAUCUAAAGAGGUAUUUGAUAGGAUGAUCGCAAACGAGUAUCUUUCCGGAGUGCCUCUCCUGGUGUUGGCUAACAAACAGGAUUUACCAGAUUGCAUGGGCGUACGGGAAAUCAAGCCGGUGUUCCAGGAAGUUGGUCAUCUGAUCGGACGAAGAGACUGCUUGGUAAUGCCAGUGUCGGCAUUGACGGGCGAGGGUGUCGACGAAGGUAUCAAGUGGUUGGUGGAAUCGAUCAAACGGAAUUCUUUCGCUCGCCCUCCCAAAACAGAGGACACUUGAUGAAAUGGUGUUUUUUCAACCCGAGUGCAAAGCGGGUAAAUCCGAUUGUAUUUAGGAUAUUAUUUAUUCCAUGUUAUAAUUAAGUAAGAAAGAAACUCCCAUUUUCAGAAAAAGA